AUGGUCAAUCCCACUCUACUUGCGCUCUGGCAGAUGUUGCCAGGGACGAUCCUCUACCUGCCACCUGCGGGCACCAUUGGUAUGGACUCGGUAAUAUACCACCAAGUGGAUGAGGGAUUCCGAUUUUUCGGUCACCCGGUCUUGAUCCUGCAUGCCGACAGCGCCACCGAGAUUGUAGAUGUGGUUCCCGUGGUUACACUCCGCGGUUCCGCUCUGGAUGCAGCUCGCGCCGCCGCUGGGAACCAUAUUUGGCAUGAGUAUAUACUUAUACACCAAGCCUGGAAUAAUGACGACUUUGCGGCUAUGGAGUCCGAUCCUGAUGUCAAGGCGUUUCAAAAGGUCUACCUUGGCAGACACUCAUUCCGUACUCGAGAGAAACACUGGGUGAUGCCGGAAGUUAUGUUCAAGAUUGAAGCUACAUAUUUGCAUGGCUAUCCUUUUGAGCCCGCGAAUCAGCGGCCGCAGUCGCUUCCAAACCCAAGGUAUUAUCUGUCAUCACAAAGUUUGGCCCGAAUGCAGAGUGUAGCUGGCUACUAUCAUUCACAUCUGCCGUACACCGAACCGGUAUCUCGACUACCGCUCCAGGAACCUCCACUAGUUGGUCAUGUUUAUCGCUUGUCCGAAGCAGGAGAGACAAAGAACGUAUAUCUGCUUCAAGCUCAGACAUAUUCACCGGCAGAGAAACCCCUGGGCCGGCCAAUUCUCGUCACCCAUGUCGACGUCCUUUUGGGCGGCGUAGCCAAUGACGGACCGAAGACAGCUGUUCGAGGAUUCCUAAUCACGGACUUCUCAUUCGGCUCUAUUGAUCGCACGAUUCCACGUGGAGGUGUCAACUCUGAAAGGAUUAGAACCCAAUAUCUUCCAAUUGAAGGACCUCACUCAGAGCUACAUGACCGACUGCCGGCUGUUACUCUUGCCCGCGAUAGUCCGCGCUUCCGGAAGGCACAGUACAUCCACGUACUGAAGCUACUCCGCGUUGAGGUCAAUGAGCUGAAAGGCUUGACGGCCGUGGGGGCUCCAGAAGUGCACUUCGAAGAGGAGACGGUUCACGCCCUCCUUGAAUGGCACCAGGCGCUGAGAAUGGGACCAGGAACAAGUUUCUACCAUGAACGAAGGCACGUUCUCGAGCAACAAGGCCUAGCUGGGCUCCUGAAUGUGCAGGUCCAGGGUGAAGCUGCUCAAAUUACCCUCGCCCACGCAGAUAUCGCCAACUCGGGGCCGAAUAUUGGGCGAAACUAG